UCAACAAGCUUCAAGUAAACGAGUGAACUAACGGAGGAGAUCGAGCCCUUACCGGAGCUACCGGGAGGCAGCAGAGGUACAGAACGAGUCCCCGCAGCGCGCCCCGGAGCAGCCGAACGGAGUAAACGGUCUGCUGUGCGCCAACCGCAGGAGGAACCAAACGAUGCGAGCGCAGCUCACCGCCGCCCAGUAAGCAACCAAACCAGUGCCGACGAGACGAGAUCCGAAGGGAAGAUUCACUGUCAGUAGACGCAAGGAGAACGGACACGAAGCAAGCUGCGGUGGCCCCACCGUGCUGCUUUCUUCUGCUUUCUGCGCUGUGGAUCAACCCGAGAGGAUCGCUGAUUUAAUGCUUUAACGGAGCGUCUGCGCCCGGUUUGUGAGAGAAGGAGCUGCCCAGAGAGAAACAGAGGGGUCGAAGGCAGAGCUCAGAAAAGGUGGAAAUACAUUCACACGAUUUAAGGAUCUGCAAUCAGAUUGUUUUCAGCCUCUGAUAUAAAUCCGCUGAUCUGUUGCGUUUUCGUUGCGUGAAUCCUGGUACCUGUAACGCCAUCAAGCUGUGUUCUCUAACCAUGGGAUGUACCCUGAGCGCAGAGGAGAGGGCGGCUCUGGACCGGAGCAAAGCCAUCGAGAAGAACCUGAAGGAGGACGGAAUGACUGCGGCCAAAGAUGUCAAACUGCUGCUGCUCGGGGCCGGAGAGUCAGGGAAAAGCACCAUCGUCAAACAGAUGAAGAUCAUUCAUGAGGACGGUUUCUCUGGUGAUGACGUAAAGCAGUACAAGCCUGUCGUUUACAGCAACACCAUCCAAUCUCUGGCUGCUAUCGUUCGUGCAAUGGAUACACUGGGUCUGGAGUACGGAGACAAGGAGCGCAAGGCGGACGCAAAGAUGGUGUGUGACGUCGUUAGUCGCAUGGAGGACACGGAGCCAUACUCCGCAGAGCUGCUGGCCGCCAUGAUACGUCUGUGGGCCGACUCGGGCAUCCAGGAGUGCUUCAGCCGUGCCCGAGAGUACCAGCUCAACGACUCAGCACAGUACUACCUCGACAGCCUAGAUCGGAUCGGUGCGACAGACUACCAGCCGACAGAGCAGGACAUCCUCCGAACCCGAGUGAAGACCACGGGCAUCGUCGAGACACACUUCACCUUCAAAAACCUUCACUUCAGGCUGUUCGAUGUGGGAGGUCAGAGGUCGGAGAGGAAGAAGUGGAUCCAUUGUUUUGAGGAUGUGACGGCCAUUAUUUUUUGCGUGGCUCUGAGCGGAUACGACCAGGUGCUGCAUGAGGACGAGACCACAAACCGCAUGCACGAGUCUCUGAAGCUCUUUGACUCGAUUUGUAACAACAAGUGGUUUAAGGACACCUCCAUCAUCCUCUUCCUCAACAAGAAGGACCUGUUCGAAAACAAAAUCGUCAAGUCUCCGCUGAUCAUCUGCUUCCCUGAAUACACUGGUCCGGACAAUUACGAAGAAGGAAUCGCCUACAUCAAGUCUCAGUAUGAAGGCAAGAAUAAGUCCCCCAGCAAGGAGGUGUACUCGCACGUGACCUGCGCCACAGACACCAACAACAUCCAGUUUGUCUUUGAUUCUGUCACAGACGUCAUCAUAGCCACCAACCUGAGGGGCUGCGGCUUGUACUGAUGCUGCUGAAGGAGUGGCGGAUGCUUUUAUUUCUGUGGUACCUUGUUAUGUUGCCAUGUGGGACCGAUUCAGUUGGUGUCAUCCUGUGACAGUUGGUCAAAUGGUGGUGCCUGAGCUGUGUUCAUGAUGUCCUCCUUUACUACAGAGCAGACCAUUGGUCCAGCUUGAUUUAACUCUUUGGUUGGUUGAAACUUCUGCUUAUAUCUUUGCCUUGUUUAGUUCUUGACCUCUUUCCUUGCAUACUGUGUUGUUUCUGAUCCCAGAUGACUAGUGAGAAGGGCUUUCUGGCCUUGAAACAAACUUGCUGGAGAAGCAGUUUACAUUGCUUCUGAUAAUGCUGCAUUCUACCAGGUUCCUCACCAAUCCAGAGGUCAAAAUCCAACAUGGAAGCUGUAUGUGUAACAUAGCUCCUAUGAUAGACAGAUUAUUUGCACUACUAAGAGUUUGCAUGUCAUUACUACAGUGAUUGAGAGCUGGUCUUAUUUUGUAACAGCAGUUAGCCUGGUCUCUGGAGACAACAUUGGGAAUAUCUUUGUGGUUUUCCAUCUUAUAAUUGGAACUCUGUUACUUUAGCUAUCAUAUCUCUAUAUAGUUUAACAUCCAUGGUUACUGGGAUCUAAAUACUCUCCACAUUGUUAACUCAGUGUGAAGUCAUUGGUGGAUAAAACAGCUGCCAAUGAAUUACAGAAAAUCUAAAUUGCAUGGGGAGAACAGAUGUAUUAUUUGGACAUAGAAUAUAAAUUAGUCACUAUAUUUAUAAGGAUUAAAGCACUUUUGCCUGAUAUGAGAGAUGGUACUUUGGAAGGUAAUUGAAAACCAACAAUAAUUGAAGAAAAUAGGCAUUAUUAUUAAAAAUCUCACUGUGUUGACAUAAGGUGCUUUUCUGAUUGAAAAUAAAUAUUUUUAGCUCUAAUAUUCCUAAUUGCAUAAUCAUCUUAUGUCUUUUUGUGUUGUUUAAUUUAUAAAAAAAAUGAUAAUGUAAAGAGAGGAAAACAGGAUCUGUGCUGGGAGGACGUUCCCAUCAUGGUCUCUUCUCCACAGGAUUCAUGUUGCAGUGUGCACAGAUCCAUUAUAAAACCACUUAAAACAAAGUGCUACAAAUUGUUGUGCUGACUCAGCCAGACAGUUCUAAGGUAGUGGCUGGAUGGAAGCAUCGAUUUCAUCCAGCCCCAAUACCACAGCCAUUAUCUGUGGCUGCUCUCUGUUAUAUUCCUACUGUCCACUGUAAAAGACCAGAGGUGAGUUUUAAAAGAUUUUAUCCUGGAGAGUGUAGAUGGUUGUGAUUUGGUUUCAGAUUGAAGGGUUGGUGCAUUGUGGGGUCUGAAUGAAAACAAUUAUUAAAAAGAUUAUGUUUUGGAAGGUUUAGCGGAAUCAUCUUGAAAGUUGACUCGGUUUGAACUGUCUGAUUUGAGCAGAUUUACUGCAUUCAGCCCUCCUUGUUAAAUUUUAUUUCAUUGCACAUGACACAUUGUUCUCCACUCCAUCCUGCAACACUCAGACAGUGAGGGUGCAUCUUUUAAAAAUGUAUGAUGACAUCAUCAGCUUGUCUUUCCGCAUGUUUGCCAAAUUUCCUAAUUAGAGACGGAGAGCUCCCCGAGGCUGCUCAUGAGUCUGCAUGUGGAUUUUCUGUGUCUGUGUGUUUGCAUAUUGCAUACAGUUACCAGUGUGUGUGUGUGUGUGUCAUGUAACAGAGCAGGAAAGGUCAGCGUGCAAACUUGCCUGCAUUUGUGUAUGUGUUGUGUUAGAGACAACAUCAGCUCACGGGUGCAGUGGUGGAGUCAGUAUCUGUGGAUUAAUUACCCACAAGGCACCUGUCUACCCUUUUAAACUAACACACACACACCAGCACAAGCAAGUGCACACACAUGUACUGAAGGCCCUUGGGUUUUUUAAAUGUCACAACACCUUCCUUUGCCAAAUGUUACCAUCAUUUGCAGCUAAAAGCAUCAGAUGGAUUGUGGUUGUUUGGGCAACCAGAAAAUCUGCUGUUUGUGCGAAAGAAUCAUGAUUUGCUGUUUGAAUAGUUUUGAAGGAUGUAUCAUUUUUGAGGAUCAUCUCUUGGUAGAAUGGAUAAUAAUAAUUUUAUUCUUGAUAUGUUUUUUAUUUGGUGGUUCUGUACAUUAAAUAGAAAAACUAUUUACUAUUUAGUAAUUGUUUUUUUUUUUUACCUUACAGAAAGUAGUCUGGACCUGGGGAAUCGGGGGAUAAUUGUAUGUUUUUCAAAUGAAAGCUGAAUUCAGACUUUAAAGCAGGAUAUCUCUUCUUCUCUAUGAAGAUGGGUUGUUUUUGUAGCCAUUUGAGCCACUAUGGGCUCAAAAUAAAAAAAACUGCUUACUAAUACAAAUACAUAAUGUAUUAAAAAGUAGUUAGUUAUUACAGUAUUAGUAUUGUUCAUUUAAAAAUCUUAUCAUAUUAAACUUUGCUUAAAAAACGUUAUUUUCUUUUAAUUUUACUAAAAUUACCCAGAAAAGUCUGGAAAACAGGAUGGCAGUCUAUGAACACAGUUUGUUGUUUUUUUGUUUGUUUUUGUUUAGGUACCCAAGUAAUAUUUUUCAUUCAGCUAUCUGUUUUUAUUUUUUUUCUCCAGUUUAAACAGUCCAGCUGCAGCAUGUUUUAUUUUUUUCGUUUAAGACAGCUUGAAUUGUUAUCUUUUGUGUAGCUGCUGCUGCCGUUGCUGUUUUGGUUGCUGCUGCUGCUGCAGUUGCUGCAGUUGCUGCUACCUGCUUAUGCUGCCUCUCAUUCUAGCACAAAGGAGCAGCCAGCGGUAGACGGUUGGAGAAAAAUGUCCCGCUAAAUGUUCUAUGCACAUGGAGUUCUGUAAGCUCCAGUUCACACUGAUGAUGAUAAAUGCAGUCUACAUUUUUAUUUGCCUCAGGGCAGACAGUGACAACACACUGUUUGAGCUCUAUCCCCUCAGUUUGCUUUAGGCGGCGCUUAAAAUGAGAUAUUUUUCAACUGUUCUUCAACCGUAUUAAUAGUUUACCCCUCAGUUUUUUCAUAACAUUCACAUAACCAUAAUUACCUAAUGGGUUGUUUUGUACGUCCAAAUCAGUUACUGUAAAAGGGUAACAGUUUGUGAUCUGCAGUUUAAAGCAUUUUGUUUAUCUUUGGUUUAAGUUAAUUGUUUUGCAGUACUGAAAUGUCUUUGCAGAUAUCUUAGAAUAUCUAAUGUAUUGUGAACAUUGUGUUAUUGCUGUUACCAAGACGUCAUGCAGUUAAGUCACUUUAGUGUAGCUUUUAUUGUCCCUGCUCCUCUGAGUGGUAAACUCUUAGCAUCGCUCCCGCUGAUCCCUUUGAUUCCCAAAUCAAAGCCUAAAGGCAUUUAAAAGCUUUGGAUGGUUGGUCUUAUAACCUGGAUAAAUUGAGGGAUUACUGCAGGAACCUACAAGAACCAAGUUUCCACAACAACAGUUCACCAGUUCAUGAUAUUUUAACCACAGAGGAAAUUAUGUAUUCACAUCUAUAAUUCAGCCCACCAUAGCAUAUACAAUGUGAGCACAGUUAGGCUGAAAGCACAGCUAAAUAUUUAAAGCAGAUGUUUUAAGUGAAGUGACUUUCUGUUGUUAAUUUUAUCCUGAGGUAUUUGAGGAUGACCAUAAAUAAGAGCUGAUAAAGGGCUGGUCUCUACUUUGGCAGAAUAUUGUAAAAAAGCACUUUUUAUCUAGAAAACUAAUGGACAUUUCUCAUCCUGGAUUUUAAUUGGCUUCAUAAAUUGCAGCAAUUUAUUUGCUUUUUGUUUUCUUCAAAAAUUGUGCCUUGAGAGCCUUGAAUGUUGAAUUAUUGGCUGAAUUAUAUCUAUGUAUUUAAGCCGUUUAUACCAUUCAUGAUCAUUGCCAGGGCUCUUUUUGCUACUCAGUGGGACGCUCUCUCAAUGUAAAGCCAAUGUCUAAAACAUUACGACAUCAAGCACAGGACCAACAUGUCGUUGAAGCAGAAUUCAUAAAGAUACACGUGUCAGAAUGUUCUAAAGCUCAUUUCGGAAUUGGAGUCUGGUUAUAGCUGUGAAAGUUAUGAAAGAUGGCUAAAAAGCAGCUAACAACACAAGCUAACAAGCACAGUUGUUGCCAUAUAAACUAAACUUUAGAAGCAAUAUUUAGCUUUUAAACUUAAAGCUAAGCUUGGCUAAUAAGGAUCAUUGUGCUCUCUUUGGUCUAAGCUGCAAUAAUGUUAACUAAUAAACAUUUUAUACAAUCAGUCUGAUGCAAACCUUGUUGUUUCCAUCCAACUUUUAUCAGCUAGGUUCUCUUAGUGCUUUUUUCUGCUUAAAUAGAGAAACUGAAAGUAAAUCUCUGAGCCAAACAUCUGUCCAUACAUCCUUUUUAUAUUUAAUCUAUGCAGGGUCAUAGAAGGGCUAGUAUCUGUCUCAGACGGUCAGUAGAUGAGAGGCCAGGUACACCCAGACUGCUGGUCUGUCACAAGGCACCAAAUACAGAUAUCCUUUUUUUAAAAUACAUCCUAUAUUGACCUUAUAUUACAGGGAAACGUGGCUCUUAUGCUGCACUCCAACUGCCAGAAUCCAAACCUGUAAGUUAUGUUACAACCAAAUUAAACUAGUUUCAGAUGCAGUUCAGAAAUUUAGAGGGAAUUUCAACAUGUUGUGGUCAGUGACUAGUUUAACUACUACUAUUAGUAACAGAUUUUCUGUAUUCAAACACUAAAUGAUCUUGUUCAAAAACAACACGUUUUACUGAGAGUAAAACCUUUAGGAGGGUUACGAUCGCUGGUGUUGCUAUGUUCUAUACAUGGUUCAGCAUUGUUGUAAUUUGAAAGCAGGGUUAGUGAGAAAGCAAUUACUUUUUUUAACCAGAAAUACACCUUCUGGUGGUCAUUUUCGUUCUUUUUUCACUUUUAGUUUCAAACAUAAAGCAUGCCAAGGUGAGUGAAGCAUCUGGGUAGUGUGUCGUGAGAUUAUUAACUAUUAUUACUGAGUCAUUGUUGCUGCGCUUGAGUCAUAGUUGUGUUGAUUCUGUAGCAAUGGCACACAUUUGUGGUAUACAUGGUGUAUUUGAGCUCCAAUGCCCAUGUUGCAUGGCUGAAAUACAUGUGGCAUAGUCCUGGUUUAGCUGGUGAUUGAAUUGUGUGUGCUGCAGUGUAGGAAUGCAUAGGAAGGCAAUGUUGUAGUGUUAUUUUCCUAUGGCCUCACGGCUUCAUAUACCAAUAAAUCAAAGCCAGAUAUGCAUUAGUGUGAUGGGGGUAGACGUAGGAUUGGAGUGCAGCAUUAGUUUUUCUUUUCACUAUAUAGAUAUUUAUUUGGUGCACUGGCAUUCUAAAAAUGCUGCUGGUUUUCUGCCAAAGAUAUCAUACUCGACUGUAGUCACUGAUUGCUGAAUUUCAAGGAGAACAAGAACUUCAAUAUCUAGUUUAGCCCGGACAGUAUGUUUUAGUUAAAUGCAAGUUGAAUAUGACCUGUCAGGAUUCACAAAAGUUCUUACGUUUUCCUUUUUGAUUUUGUGUCUUUAGCCAAGUUCAGUAAUUAUGCCUAUUUUUAAUAAAAUAAAAUUCUGUCUUUCAGAAGUUUUAACUUGAAAUACCAAACCUGAAGGACAAGUCAAGAACUGACACACAAACACAAAGACUUCUUAUGCUGUCUUUAGCAAUAACAGAUAAAGCCACUUAUUGUUACAAAAGGCUACAUUGCAUGUGGAAAUAGACCAAAAACCCAUUGUUUCAAAUUAAGAAUCUUUUAGUGAAAACCUUUUUUUUAGGUUUUCUUUUUAGAGCUUGGUUUUUCCUCCAAAAACAACUUCAAUUUACAUCUUUAAAAUUAAUGCAAGGUUUGAGUUUAGCUAAUCUGUACAUAAUAGAAAGUGUUUAAUUUACAGAGAAGAGCCAACAUUUCUUAAGGGCCCAGGGUGCUUGACAGUGUGGGUUGUUCAUUCAGCUUGACCUCCCAGAACUUUCAAUUGUUUCUUUAAAAUGAAGUGUCUCACUGUAGCACUAAAGCAAUUAGGAGUUUGUAGGAUGAAGACAGGACUGAUGCCAGAAGAAUAAUGAGCCUGCAUAGACAGGUGUGUUGGGGUCUAUCAGCCAAGACCCAAUAAUAUGGCCAAAAAACUUUAGCUUGAUCUUUGAUUGUAAAUAUCUGGUCUGUGUAGGCUACAGAUAAAGAGGGGUUUGUGGGCAAUGUAGUCUGAGGCUGUACAAGCAAGGAUCUUUGUAUUUGUUCUGUGUAAACCUUGUCCCAUAUUUCGGUUUUUGUCCACCAACAGUGGCAUAACAAGCUGCUGAGAUGCCACAGUGGUUGCCAGAUGAAGCACUAAAACAAAGUGUCAAUUGUUGAUUGUUGGAUUGAGACAACCUUCCAUUCUGAUUUUGCUUGCAUGCCCUUAUGAGCAAUCUCAUGAUUUUCAGUUGCCACUUUGCCGUCAUUAGAACUUUGCUGAGCCGAGUAGAAGCUCGCUCUGCUGCAGGAAGCGAAGAGAAGCCGUGGAGCUGCAGAGCACCCGGCUGCAGGGAAGUAGGCUACUCCAGGAGGCACAUUUAACUCUCUUGGUACGUCGAAUGUGCCUUUUCUCAUCAUGCUCACACUGAAUUGGCAUCCAACCCUCCUGUUACCACAAGUUAACUCUGUGUCUAAAUCAAUCAACACUGUAAACACUGUCCAGGUACUGCAAAACCUGCACAAACUGUAUGUGGAUGUGUAUAUACUGUAUGUGUGCAAGUGCUAAACAGUGCUGUGACUUCUUCUCUGUGUUGAUAAUUUAUUGAACAUUGUAUUUAUACAUGAGACAAUGAUAAUAAAGCACCACGUAAGCAACC